AUGGAUGUUCAAAAAAAUAAACGAAAAAAUAGUGAUAAUAAUAAUUGUAACAAAUUAAAAUAUAUAAAUAAUAAUACUAAGAGUAGUAACACAACAAAUUUUAAAAAGUUGAGAGAUAUUUCAAAAGAGAAUAUAUUAUUUUUAUAUGAUAAAAAAGUGGAACACUUGAAUAACAGAAAAGACAAUUCUAAUGAUGAUGCAGAGUUAAAAAAAAAAAAUGAGAAAAUAGAAAGAAUGAGUAAGUUCAAUAAUAAUGAAAAUGAAAAAAUAAAGAGUAAUAAAAAUAAGCAUUCAAUAAAUAUGUCUACCUUGUCAAGUUUUGAAGAGGAUGAAAAUAAUAAUAAAAAAAAUGAUAUUAUAGUAAGUAGUGAAUAUGCUGAAGUAAGCAAAAAUAAAAAUAUGUUAAUAAUGGGUAAUAAAAAUAAAGAAGUGAUAAAGCAUAAUAAAAAUAAUUUGAACCAUAUAUUUGAAGAAGUUUGUAGCGUAGACAAUAAUAAUAUAAAGGAUAACAUUCCAAUGUUAAGUAAAAGAUUAAGUGAUCCAAAUAAAAAAGAAAAUGAAACAUAUAAUAUCCAUCAGAAUAAUUAUGAAAAUGUUUAUAAUAUUAAUCAAUUUAAUAAUAAUAAUAUAAAGAUGAGACAUGUUUUAAAUAAUGUGAAAAGCUUAAAAAAUUGGACAGAUGAUAAUGAUGAAGAUGAAAAAGAAAAAGAAAUAGAUCAUUUUGAUUUAUCAACUGAUUCUAGAAAUCAAAAUAGCAAUAAUAUGAAUAGUAACAAUUAUAUUCAUGAUGUAAAUAAACAUAAAUUGACAAAUAAAACUAAUAGUUUUAAAUUUGAAAUGGAUGAAGAUAAAUGCAACAAAAUGGAUGAUGAUUUUUCUAAGAGAAAAAUAUUAAAAAAGAGGAGUGUAUAUAAUGAUGAAGAUAGUGAUGGUUCAUUUAUAAAAGAAAUAAAUGACGUCAAUUUAGAUAUAAAGAACGAUAAUAUAUGUUGUUCAUCUUUUAAAAAAUCUAAAAAAAAUGAAAAUCACGUACGUAUAGAUAAAAAUAAUGUGAAUGAUAAUAUGAAAGAAUUACAUAGUAAUAGUAUGGGUUAUAUAGAUAUUAGAAAGAAAAGAAAAAAAGAAUUAAGUAAAGAAUUAAAAAAUAUGGAUUGGUUAAUAUAUACUAUUAGAUAUAUGGAUUAUAGAAGAUUACGUAGAAGAUUUAGUGGUAUUAGAAAACCUAUCUCUAAAAAAAUUGUUUUCAUUAUAACUAUAUUUUGUUUAAUAUUAAUUUCAUGGAAAUAUUUUAAUAUAUCAUAUGAAAAUAAUAAGUUUAGUUUUAGUUUUGAAAUUCAAACAAGUUUAUUAUUUUUUGUUGAAGCUAUUUUAUUAACAAUUGGAAUAAUAAUAUUUGCAAAAUUUCAGACACGUUUAAGUUUACAUUGGCCUAUUUAUGCAUCAUAUAUAUUUAUUAUAUGUGCUGUAAUUUUAUUACUUUUUUUUGAAAAUGAUAAAUUGGAUAAAAAUUCUCGAGGGGAACAUAUAUUAAUGUUAUAUGGUAUUGUACAAUUAUCAUUAAUUAUUAUAGUAAAGAUUAUAAUAUUUAGUGGUCCUCUUUUGGCUAUAUAUGGAUUUUUUUGUCCGUGUACCGAGCAUUGUAGAAUAUUGAAAAAGAAAAUUUCAACAAAUAAAUUGAAUAUAACAAUAAGUAGAUAUAACGAUUUUGCUGGUAUGUGUGGUAAUAAUGUAUGUUGUUUAUGCUUAUGCGCAUAUCGUUCGUUUUAUCGUCUUGUAAAUUGUUUUUAUAAUAAAUUUUCCAAUUUUAAAUUUAAAAUGAUAACUGAAACAAAUGACGAAGCUCCAUUUAGUCAUCAAUUAAGAUAUAAAGGGAAAACAGAUAUUUAUGGAAGACCACAUGGAUAUGGAGAAUGGAUAGAAGAUCAUUCUUAUGGUGAAAAAUUAAGAGGAUUUUGGUAUCAUGGAUAUCCUGUAGGUCCAUUUAUAUCACAAGAAAUUGGUAGUGGUUCAUUAUUUGUUAAUACGAGAGUAGGUUUUGCUGCAUGUGUUGGCAAAGAUUGGUCUGAUGUUAGAUAUGGUGUAGCAUGUACUGAAUGUUCUAUAAGUGGACAUUUUUUUAAUGAUUUUCCACUUACUCAUUUUUUUAAUUCCAAAAUUGAAAAAAAUGUAUACGGUAGAUUACCUACUAAUAGAUAUGAUAUUAUAAUAAAAGAUAUAUUAAAAGAAAAUUAUGAAGAUAUUUUAUGUUACGACUUAAAGUGGUGUUUUAACAUGUUAAAAGUAAAUAGUGGUACAACUAAUGAAACGUGUUCAAAUAAUUGUAUGAUAUCAUUAGAUCAUGUUACUAUGAGUUUAAAGGUUCAUAAUUAUAAAAGAAUCGAUACUGUAAAAAGGAAAAAUGAUAUCCUUGAUGAAAUUAAUAUUAAAUUAGUACAUGUGCCACAUGAAAAAAAAAAAACUAAGAAAAUUCAUAAAAGGGACAAAUUUAAAAAAUUAGAAGAAAAAUGGAAACAAGUAGAAAAUGAUGAAAACGCAUUAUAUAUUAAUCAAAAUAAAGUUUAUACUACUAUAAGAAAUGUAAAUUCUUCUUCCAAUAAUAGGGAAAUGAAUGUACCUGUGCAAGAAAAUUAUCAUUCAUAUUAUAAAAAUAAAUUUUCUGAUAAAUAUUUAGAUUCUGUGGAUGAUGAUAUUUAUCUCUACAAAAUGAAUAAAACAUUACAACCAACAGAAAUACAUAAAGCAUCUUAUUGGUAUGAAUCAAGUGAUAGUAAAAAUCAAACCAAACAAAAAGAAGAUAAAAGUAGAGAUAAAAGUAGAGAUAAAAGUAGAGAUAAAAGUAGAGAUAAAAGUAAAGAUAAAAAUAAAGAUAAAAACAAAAGUAUAAACAAUAAUAUAGAAGCUCCAUUUAACAGUAGCAAUGGUAUGAUUGAUCAUCAUUAUGAUGAUGAUUUCACUUGUAAUAUUCUUCAAUUACCAAAAAACGGUUAUGAAAAUUUUGAGAUUACAAAAAAAAAUUAUGAAUUAGAUAAUAUUAAUAGUAUUACACAUCGGACCAAUGUUCAUACAGUGCAUGAUAAGAACAGUAAUAGUUAUAUGAAUCCACUAGAACGUAAUGUAAUAAAUAAUAAAAAGAAUAUACCAAAUAGUAAUAAUAUGAACGAAGCAGGUACUAGGAACAAUUGCUCCUAUGUUUCUUAUCCAUUGUGCAUAAAUGAAUGUAAAGGUAGAAUGGAUAAUUCGGUUAAUUCAAAUGUCGAUGAGUUUGUUGUAGAUAUUAAAGGAUACGAAGAAAUAUACCAACGUAAUAACAAAAAAAAAAAAACGGUAUUAAAUAAUAAUAUUAAAAAUAUAUAUAAUAAUUACCAUCCGAAUUCUGGAUGUACUAGACAAAAUUUUCGUAAUUAUGAAAAAUAUCUUCCUAAUGUUAAAAAUGUUUCAAAAAAAGACGCAUCAGAUACAGAAGAAAAUAAAGAUCAAAAUUUGGAUGAUCAUUCUAUUUUUAGUCAGAAUGAAUAUUCAGCCUUUUUAGAAAAUAAGAAGGAAAAUAUUUACGAUAAUAUGAAUUGUUUAUUGUUUGAGAAACAAAAUGUUGUGGGAAUAAAAAGAGAAGAAAGUUCAGAAAAAAGUUGUGAUAAAAAUAUGAUAAUGUGUAACAAAAAGGGUAUUAUGGAUAUGCCUAAUUCGGAGGAUGAAACAGAGAUGGAUAAGUUAAGUAAACAUAAAAAAGAAACAUCAAAAAAUAAAGAGCUGCUUAAAAAAAAAAAAUUUUGUAAUAAAAUGAUAGAAGAGAAUUCUAAUAUAAACGAAAUGUAUGAAAAUUAUGAUAUGGAUAAUAAGGAGCAUUAUGAAUAUGAUAUUGAUAAAAAUGAUUAUGAAGCUAUACCAAUAAGAAAGGAAAUAUUAAAAAGUAUGGAAAAUGAACAUAAACAUGAACAUAAACAUGAACAUAAUAGUAAUGAUAAGGUUGUUGAAAAUAAGAAUAUAUUUAUGUCUGACAUAUUUAAAUCCUUUAUAAAAUCAGGAGUUCAACGAAAUAUGAAAAAGAAUAGUAAUAUAAUAUUAUCUAGUGAUGAAAUAGAUGGUAUAAGUGUAAAAAGAUCAAAUGUGAAAAGAAGAAAAAAUGUUAUAAAGAAAUCGUCUUAUCGACUUUUAGGAAGUUUAAAAGAAAAUAAUAGACGAAAAAGUAGUGUGUUUGAUAAAUCUACGAAGAAAUUAAGUAUGAAUAAAAUGAAAAAUUCUAAAAUAAAAAGUUUUGUUAAUAAAUAUUCAAAACAAGGGAAAAAAAGUUCAAUAUUUAUAACAUCUGGUAAUAGAAAAUGGGAUAAAUUAUUACGUUCGAAAAAGUAUAAGAAGAAUUAUAAAAAUGAAAGAAUAAUAGGUACGAUAGGUAAUAAAAUGAGGAAUUUGAAUGAAUCAUAUGGAAAUUUUAAUACUCCUACUAUAUCACCAACUAAUAUAAAACGAAAUAAAACUAUAGCACAGGUAUUUGCUGAAGAAGAUGAAUGGGAACAGUUUAGACAUCAACAUAAACAAAAAAUUGUUAUAGAUGGAUGGCAAUCUUUAUCAUUAAAACAAAAUUUGAAUUUUAUGCCAGAAGAAAUACUUAUAUAUAUACAUGGAUAUAAUGUAAAAUUAAAUCAUGGAUGUUCUCAAUUAGCUCACUUAGUAUCAUUUUCUAAAUUACCUGCAUAUAUCCAACCAUUUGUUUUUCAUUGGGAAGGUGCUAUGUGGGGUGCUUUCUCUGCUCUUUCCUAUCCCGUUGCAAAGAAACGGACUGAAAUGACUAUAUUAGGAAAUUCAUUUAGAACAUUUAUAAAGGAGCUUAUAAAUUCUGGUAUUAAAAAUGUUCAUAUUAUAAGUCACUCAUGUGGUUCCCGACUUUUCUUUAAUGGUUUCCGAAGUUGUGUAGAGGACAAUUUAUUUUAUAAUGUAUUAAAAAAUAAAGAAUCGGAAAUAAAAAAGGGUGAUAAUGUAAAGUCAAAAGGGAUCGAACGGUCUACAACAGGAAAGGACGAGUAUGUAUCGGAUGAUGAUAAUGAUGAUAGUGAUCACAUUAAUGAUAAUAAUAUGAAUGGUAGUAAUAAUAUGCAUUCGAGUAACAACUUAACUAAUAGUAAUAAAAUAAACAAUAUAAAUGGUAUAAACAAUAUAAAUGGUAUAAACAAUAUAAAUGGUAUAAACAAUAUAAACAAUAUAAACAAUAUAAAUAAUAUAAAUAAUAUAAAUAAUAUUGAUAAUAUAAACAGUAGUAAUUCUAUAAACCAUAGUAACGGUAUUGGAAGAAAGGAAAACACAACAAGUAACAAAAAUAAAGGGAAUGUUAAAACAAACACUGAUAAAAAGAAUAAGAAACAAAAGAAACAAAUAAUAGUGAAAACGGUGAUUUUAUUAAAUCCUGAUUAUCCAUUAGAUACUUUUCUUGAGAAAGAUUUUUUCAUGUUAAGGUCUCAUUGUAAUCAUAUAGUUAUGUAUGGUGAUACAAGAGACCAAGCUUUAACAUAUUCAGAAACAUGGAAUAGAGAGAAAUGUUUAGGAAAAAGAAUAUUUAAGUUAAAAUUACCUUUAUAUAAAAUUCAUCAUUAUGAAGAUUAUCUAAAUAUUAAUAGUGAUGGAAAUAAGUUUAUGAAAAAGCGUUGUAAAGUUGAGCAGUAUAAAGUUUGUGAUAGUGUUUUAUUUCCUAUAUCUUCAUAUGCUGAUGAGGAAAAUAAAAACAAGUUAAAAGACAAAGAUAAUAAAGAUCAAGAAAAAAAGAAUAAAGGAGAAUCGAAAUGUAUAAAUAAAGCAUUUAAAACUGAUAAAAAUGUUUUAAACUCAUAUACUCUCGAUUUAAAUGAUGUUGGUGAAGGAGAAGGUGGAGUUUCUUGUGUUUCAGAAGAUGUUUCACAAAAUUAUUUAAAUGAAAAUUUUUUAAAAACUCUUGAAUUUAGUGAUACUAGUUUAAAAACAUUUAAAUCUAAAAAAAAGUUUCGUUUUUCUACAGCUUUUAAAAAAAUUAAAAGGAAAUGGUUAUUUAAAAAACAAAGAACAAAUAUUUAUUUUAAUGAAAAUACAUUAAGUAAACGUUAUUCAUCCAUGAAAUUUAAGAAGAAAUCUUUUAAAAUGUCUAAUCAAAAAUUUAAAAAAAACGAUACAGUCUAUAUAUCAUUUGAUAAAUAUGCAUGGUUAGACAUGGAUGUCAUAGAUACUACAUUUGUUGAAACAAAUGUAGAUUUUUUAAAACAUUCCUUUUAUCAAGUUAAAAGAGAAAUUAUUGAUGAUAUCAGAGAAGUGCUUAUAUCAAAUAUAAGAGCACAUGAAAGAGUAAGUAGACUUGAUAGAAGAAGAGGAAAUGUUUUUGUAUUAAGGGUUGCCCCCGCUGGAGUAGGAAGUCUCCACAGAUAA